AUGGCAGAUAAACGUAAAGAAUCGCCGAUAACUUCGACCCAACUCGUCAAGAAGCAAAAACAGGAUGCUCUUGUACCAGCUCCAUCGGGUAGUUCUGAGGGGGGAGCAUUAAUACAGAGUGUAAAACGUACAUCUGGUCUUCAGGCACCGAUAAUGUUACUCACUGGGCACCAGGGAGAAGUUUUCUCGGUGAGAUUUGAUCCUUCGGGGCAGCAUGUUGCAUCUGGAUCUUUCGACAGAAAUAUUUUCCUAUGGAACACAUAUGGUGAUUGUAAGAAUUAUGGCUUGCUGAAGGGUCACAGUGGUGCAAUCAUGGAACUGCAUUGGUCGCGAGAUUCCAGUAAGAUCUUCUCUUGUGCUACCGACAAAACACUAGGAGUAUGGGACGUGACUACAGGUGAACGUAUAAAGAGAUUCAAGGGCCAUCAAUCGUUUGUAAACAGUAUGUCUUCUGCAAGGCGAGGAAAUGAGAUUCUUGUUAGUGGAAGCGAUGAUGGGAUGAUAAAGCUAUGGGAUCUUCGUCAGAAAGAGGCGGUGGAUACGUUUACUCAAAAGUACCAAAUCACAGCUACUUGUUUUAGCGAAGCUGGAGAUCUUGUAUUUGCUGGAUCUAUAGAUAAUGACAUUAAGGCAUGGGAUCUUCGGAAGAAAGACGUGGUAUACGUAUUGAAAGGUCAUCUAGAUACAAUAUCGGGACUACGACUGAGUCCUGACGGUUCUUACCUGUUAUCUAACGGGAUGGACAAUGCAGUCAGAAUGUGGGAUGUAAAGCCAUUUGCACUGGCCAAUCGUCUCGUAAAAGUUUUUGAAGGUGCACCACAUGGGUUUGAAAAGAAUCUUAUAAAGCCAGCAUGGUCUUCAGACGGAUCUCAGAUUGCAUGUGGUAGUGCUGAUAGAUCUGUAGUUAUCUGGGAAGUCAGCUCCCGAAAGAUACUGUAUAAAUUACCGGGCCAUAAGGGGUGUGUUAACGACAUUGACUUUCAUCCGAAAGAACCUAUUAUUGCUUCCGGAAGCACCGACCGUCAGAUAUUUCUGGGUGAAAUUAAUCCAUCUUUAUGA